UGUGAAAAUGCCGUCCGCUCGUACGGUUAUGGCCACUAGUCUGGCCAGUGAACUAGCGCGUUUUCGCAGAGGAGGUAAACAAUUGCGAAAAAUUUUAAAAGAAACAAAGAACGUGCACGAAAGUAUUAAGAGAAAAGGAUGCUACGGGAAAGAACAAUUGGAAAAGUUCGCUUUGAAGCCUGAAGACGAGAAAGAAGUAUGGCACAUAAUCGAACAUCCUGUGGGAUUUGUCAUUCUCGGAAGUUGUUGUUGGGCACGUGCAACUGUCACCAACACCCUGAUGGGCCGAAAUAUUUUGCCUAUCGUACCUUACGGUGAAAAUGACCAUCAUUGGAGAACGGUGAAAUUCAAUUAUGGCAAAUCUGCAAGAGCCAGGCUGAUUUUACCCGGUGGUUAUGAAAUUCUAGAACGCUUGGAAUUCAAUGACGCGCAACUCACAACUAUCCCUCUCACAGAUUUAGAGUUAAAGCCAAGAGCCAAUGCAGACCCAUCGGAAGACCCAGGUUUAACAGGAGGCGAGUUGGAGAUCACGUUACCACACCCGAUGCUAUAUGACAAUGCGCAGGUGCUCGUGGCUCCUGAAAGGAACCAAACGACUUUCAUACAGGAGCUGCAUAAGUUGCUCAAAGGUGUCACGCCCAUUCUCAUAUACGCUAUCGGAAACUCUCUCACGGAACAAGAUAUAACAGAUUUAUCCGAACUUCGACAGACACCUAACAGACAUCCUAUUUUCUUCACCUGUGUCCGCCAUCCAGAGCAGUCAGAUUUGACAGAAUCUGGACAGCAUGCUAGAGCAUCAUCAACAUCAGCAAAUUCAUCCACCAAUUCAUCCCCCGCCAACUCGUGUCCACCAUCCCCUACAUCGCCAACAUCUCCACCCCGCAACUUACCAUAUACAUACUCUCGUCACCCCCUUGAACAAUUGUCUCUGCUACGCCACUGCAACGAGGUACAAAAUGCAGAACAGUUCCCAGUAUCUGAGCUCUAUAAUAAAUUAUCGAAUUUGGGAUAUCUUUCUCCCCCUGGUUCCAGGCCGGAGUACAAAGGAUCUCUGGAAGUAGGAAACGAGCUGGUGGAGGAUUUCAUAGGUUUUUCAAGUAUCCUUAUGUUUGUUAGUCACGUGUUGCAGUCUAAACUACUUCUUGCCGCAACCUUGCUUCAAGAUACGCAUGCCAGAAGUCUACAAAACUUCAUUCUGGCAGCAUUUGACCUUUCCAGAGACUUAAUGAUUACACCAAAAAGAAUCCAGUACGCACGGUUGAGGGAAGAAGCUCUGUACAGGUCACUGCUUCAUCUAGCGUCCAACAAACAAAACGAAAUAAAAAAUAUGAUAGCCGAAACAGUGUUAGAGAUUAGAGAUGAUCUCCUGCAGAGAGCUUCUGAAUUUGAUUUCAAAGGUAUUGUUAUUGAUGAAUUAAUAAAAGAAACGCCAACCGGUAGAAUUGUUCAUCUAUGCACAACAGAAAUUCGGGAUAUGGUUGUGGAACAUGUAAAUAAAGCAGUUUCUGCUAAAUUAGCAUCUUCCAUAGAAUGGCUGCACGAAAAGUUUACAGGUACGUUAGAGAGAUGUCUUAUAAGUCUAGAACAACAAGGGGAACCUUCAGUUAACGAUGAACAACAUAGACAAGCAAGCGCUGCGUUGAGGCAUAUCCUUACAGCUGCAUAUCAGGUUGAUGUAUCUUUCCGAAACAGCGCUUCUAUAUUUUGGUUUUUCAUGCAGAAAAUGCAACAGAUUGCUGAGGUACUCCCGUGGAAACUACCAUCGUCUAUUGAUUCUCGGUGGAAGAGGGAGGUGGCCUUGAGGAUGCUGUCCAGCCUCAACGAAGGUCAUCUGGCUCGGUCCAUCUGUCACCAACUGCAACAGAAAGUCCGAUCCUCUCACGAACGAUUCGUGGCUUCUCUCACGCAACUGGAAGAAAGACACCUGGACAGGCUUGAGCAAAGGGAAGCAGAGAGACGAAAUGUUCGUACUCUAUAUGCACCUCAAGUCGCCAAAUUAUCUCUUGAAAGUUCCUCUUUAAAAGAUAUGAUCCAAUAUGGCAUGCCACCACUAGGACAAGAACUUGGUAGAGGGCAUUUUGGAAUAGUUUAUUCAUGUAAAUCAUGGGCAGGACAAAGUUCCUUAGCAGUCAAAAGUGUUGUCCUUCCCACAGACAAGCACUGGUACAGUUUAGCCAUGGAAUUCUUUUAUCACAAGAAUAUUCCAGAGCAUCCCAGGAUUGUUCGUUUAUGUGGCACUGUGGUCGACUACAAACAUGAUCGCCGUCCCACCGUUCUGUUAAUCAUGGAAAGAUUAAGUAGAGAUCUAUACUCAGCGCUUUGGAAUGGCAUUCCUUGGAUGCAAAGAUUGCAGAUUGCCAUCGAUGUUAUACAAGGAAUUAGAUAUCUGCAUAGUCAAGGCUUGGUUCAUCGAGAUAUUAAAUUGCAUAAUGUUCUGUUGGAUAAAGAUACAAGGGCGAAACUUUCAGAUCUGGGUUUCUGCAAAGUUGAAGUGAUGAUGUCUGGCAGCGUGGUGGGCACACCUAUCCACAUGGCUCCGGAGCUGCUUUCUGGACAUUACGACAAUAGCGUUGACAUCUAUGCUUUCGGUGUUCUCUUCUGGUAUCUGUGUUCUGGUCAACCACGUUUGCCCUACGUCUAUGAACAGUGCUCACACAAAGAGGAUCUGUUCGCCCUCAUUAAAAGAGGUAUGCGUCCUGAAAGACUACCUUAUUUCGACGAAGACUGUUGGGAACUGAUGAGCGAAUGCUGGCACGGUGAUCCGUCAAAACGGCCUUUACCGGGAGAGGUUGAACGUAGACUUGAAGACAUUCAGGCUAAAUUUUCAAAUCAAAAAAGAUUCAUCAAAUCUGAACUCAGUUGUAACGAAUUAACGAUGUCUCAUGGUUCGGACUGUUGGUCUACGUACAACACAUCUUCUAGGUCUUAUACCGUUGUUAGCGAAUCCUUCGCAGGCUGAUGAGUCUUAAAUCUAAAUAAUACAUUGUCCUCCGGUGUGCGAGGAUCCUUCUAAAACUUAUUGAUCCACUUUAGGUGGCAAUGAAGAUACAGCUCUCCUAUUGGAUCAUAGACGUUUGUUGUUGAAUCGUUGCACAUGGUUUGCAUCCGGGUUGCGAUUCGACAGAACAUACAAGCUUUUGCUUCAGAAUUAUACUGUGCCAAGGGAUUGAAGAUAGGGAACUGUUUUCAGUAUUAUUUAGUUUUCGACUGACGACCAUUUCGUGCAGAGAACUGCAUGGGACCACUAUUGUGAUGUGCUAGCAACGCUCUUGCAGUAUUUUACGCCGUAGCAUUUUAUAUGAAUUACUUCGUUUUUUUUAAUAGUCUUCUGAAUGUACAACUGUUCAAUGCAUUUUUUAUAUAUAUAUUCGUGAGUGAUAUUCGUCUAGAACUGUCGUGGAUGAGUAUUAUCCGCAAUGAAUUUUUAUCGUGUUUUCGUAUCGCUCUGAGGUGUAUUUUUUUCUGUGCUUGAGCUGUAGAUACAAAUUUAGAAAUAUUUCGUAAUUUUAUAGUGCAAUUAAACUAAAUCUCACAUUAAAAAAUUAGAAAAUUUGUUUUAAACUGAUUUUUAAAAGUAAAUACUCGUACAUUUUAUACAAAAGAUUCUUUACUAACAUAGAUAAAUCUGUUUCCUAUUGGUAUUUGUAAAAUAUAUUUUUUUUUUUUGUUUAUUUAGACUAUUGAAACAAAAAUGAGGAAAUCUAUUGCAUUAUUGUUUGGUUAUUUUAGGCGUUGAUAUCGAUUUUGUUUUUAUGAUAAAAAUUAUUUAGAACAUUUUUAAAUCUUUGUAAUCAAUACAUUACUAUGAAAAAAACGAAUUUACUGAAACUUACAAAAUACGUUUUUAACACCAGUGAAAUAUUUUGAUUUCCCCCCCCCCCCUUCCAUUCCAAAUGUUAUUAAUCUUUGUUUAUUUUAUUCAAAUGUACCCAUCAGAAUAAAAAAAAAAACUUUAAAUUUGAAAUAAUAGACAAAUUUUCAUUUUAAACUUCAUUUUUUCUGUCGAAGUAAACAUAUCAAAUAACUGUUGAUAAGUGUACACUUAGUCAUAAUUAUUUCCGAAUCCAUUUUUUUAUUACAUGUUAAAAACAAGUUUAUAAUUUUAAAAUGGUAAAAUAUAUAUAUAUAUAUAUUGAUCUAUGUAGAUGUGUAUGUUACGUAAUUGUAUAUUUGUAGCUUUAUAAGAGCAUUUUAUGUGUGUUUGUGUUUGACAAAGCUCCAUUGUCUAUGUAAAGCAAAUGACUGCUGGGCAGUGUGUAUAUUUGUACUUUUUAAUAAA